GUAGAUUUACAUGUCGAUGACCCAUGUCGAUGCAACUUGAUAACAAAAGCAAUUAGAUGGUCAUUGUUACUCAGGCAUUCACUAGUGAAAUCUCAUGGUGAGUUAGGAAUAAUUAUCCAAACUACAAACAUGUCGAACAAGGAUCCAGCUUUGAUUAAACCUAUAGACGAUGUAACUUACUCGUUACCAAAGAAAAAAGGAUUUUCGUUUACUCGAGAACGAGUUUUAGCAUUUGUGAUUCUUGUUAUUGGUGUGAUUGUGCUGAUCGUUGGUAUAGUACUAAUAGCCACAGCAAGCCAAAAGAAGGCAGCUGCGUGUGACGAUAAAACAAGAGUCGAUCCAUCGUUUUCCGAAGAAGCAAAUCGAGUUGGACUCGGUGAGUUUUUAGAUCAUGUCAGAAAGACUUACUACAAGCUUCAUCCGUACAACGCGUUCUAUGACCCUGAUGUUGUCACCCCUGACCAAGCGAAGAGUAGGUUUUCAGUGUUCGAUCCAUCACCAAAGAUGAUCAAAACCAGAACAGACACGGCCUUCAAGCUUCUUAAACAGUUAAACGAAAAACAAAUCGACGCCAACAAACUCAAGCCACGAGAACGUAGAGCCCUUGCUCAAAUGAAGCAUUAUUUAGCUCAUGUCUUCGGGGAACCCUAUACUGUCAAUUAUUAUGCCGGAGAUUGGCUGCAGGGACCUAAUUCGUUCUGUUGGCAGCCUAUUUGUUUUGUGAGCUAUCAUAUUUACAACGUUCUGACUCAUUUCAAGCCGAGUAGUAUCUCCGACGUAGAGCUUGUUCUGAAGACACUGAAAGACCACAAGGCUGCCUUUGAGCAAUAUGUCAGUAACAUCAAGUUAGGGGUUCAAAAAGGUAUGGUGCGAAGUGUUGAAGAAUGUAAAGCGGGCUACGAUGCCAUCUCAAGGAGUUACUACAACGUUUCGCUUCACGGUGAAACCGGUGUACUGAAAGAAUGGUAUGCACGUAUGGCUGUAUCUCCGGAAUACUACAAACACUUAACGGCAAAAGUCAAAGAAGAAUGGAAAUCUGUUCAUAAGAAAAACAUUAAUGAGUCAGUCACGGAGUACUUGAUUGAAUACAUCGGGAAACCAAUUGCUGAGAUGAUAAGAUAUAUCAAAAACGAAUAUCAAUCACACUGCGUCCCAAGUUCAGUGGCCAGCGGUUUAGCUGGACUCCCUGUAAAGUAUGUUUAUAACAAUGGCGUUCCUGAUACAUCGAAACCAACUGACCCCACCUUACCCAUGACAAAUAUGAUUCUGAAUGGCUCGACUGCAUACGAGAAGAUUAUGCCGUACUUUACGACCAACGACAUGACACCUGACCAUGUGCAUGAUCUGGGCUGGAAAAUGCUAGAUAUACUAUACCCAAAGGUUGUCGAAAUCGCCAAGCAGAUAACAAAAAUCCAGAAGAACGAUUCAGCUGUGGUUGAAUUCCGUAAGCUUCUCAAUUCCUCUGAUAGCUAUUUCAACGAUCCCAUACCUCGGAACGAAAGCGAUGAAAACGCACAUCGACUGUGCAGUGAUUUAAAGGGUGCACAAAAAUACUGUCCACAGCGAUGGAAAGCCAUGCAAAUGUGGUUCAAAGAAGCGAGAAGGGUAAUGAGCUUGUUGGAUCCUAAAAUUGUAAACAUGUUCUAUUUCACUGGACCAAAACACACCACUCCAAACUGUCCUGUCGAUUUGAGUCCAAAUCUGAACCCUUCAAGUGGCGCUCAGAGUUACGAACAAAGUGAUAAAGAGUGCUCCAAAAGUGCGUUUUACAAUAUUCCUUUCUUCUUGGGAAGAGUUGGGCCAAGGUACUCAGAGUGGAGUGUAAACGCGCACGAGGCUAGACCCGGUCACCAUCUACAGGUCCAAGGUGGUGUUGAGCAUUUCUAUGAUGAUCAAGGAGGCACAAUUGCAUGGCUAAAUAAGGAAACAUACUAUACUGCAUUCACUGAAGGAUGGGCGCUUUACGCCGAAAACCCCCUCAUAUCAGAAGACACCGAUACUUACAAAGACGAGCCCAUGCAGAGAUUUGGCAUGCUAAAAUGGCAGCUUUGGCGAGCAAUCCGACUCAUAGUCGAUACUGGACUUCAUUACAAGGGAAUGACUAGAGCCGAGGCCCUCAAGCUUUUAGAUGAGAAGGCAUGGGACGGGACAGACUUAGCAGAAAAGGAGAUCACUCGUUACCAAAGCAACCCAGGCCAGGCAACAGCUUACAUGAUUGGGCAAAUCGAUAUUAAGAAUGCAAGAAAGAAAGCUACGGAUGUAUUAGGCAAAGACUUUGACCUCAGGGACUUUCAUUAUCAGGUUCUUUCUCAAGGUUCUUCGCCUCUUGGCUAUUUAUCCGACCAUGUUCAGAGAUAUAUAGAAUGUAAGAAAGACACUUCAAAGGAAGGUUGCAAAAUGAUAUUAGAACCUGUAAAGAAAAAGUCAAAAUCUGACCAAGGACUGGCCAAGAAGAGGAAGUAUCCACUUCCAUUACGGCCUCGUAAAGUACAUUAUAUUUAGGAGUUAUUUUCGGAGUUUGGAAUUUGAUGGAAUUUUGCACUACACACCGCACUAAGACCCAGGCACUUUAGAUACUUCUUUCUCUCGUUCUUUUAUGCUCUUAAGCAUCUUGAGCAGCAAAGCAUGAUAGUAGUUAUGGUCCGUACUUAGUAGUUAGCAGGGUCUUAAUGGGGGGUCUCAAUGUCGGUAGUCAGUUAAAAUUUCAAGCAUUUGUCGCUAGUCAGUUAAAAUUCUAGGCAUUUGUCGGUAGUCGGUUAUUUAAAAAAAGUUGAUAAACAUUAAGUUUAAAUGCAUCUAAAACGGUCCUUUAUACAAACAGAAUUCUUUCUAAAAUGCCAAAAAUUGAAUCCUUGAGUAUUGAUUGGUCAAUUGGAUGCCCGGCCCUCAAAGCUUUAGAGUGGCUUAUCUCAACUUCAAGAAGCCAAUCCGAAGAAAAAUUUAUUUUUUCCGCGGAAAAUUUCGAAUGUAGUUGCUUGAAAAAUAAAAAAAGCUUGUAUUCACGGAGCUAACAUCUUUGAAUAUUGGAAAAUGUCGCCAGUCAGUAAAUUUGUUAAUGUCGGUAGUCAGCAAAUUUGGUUCAAAUUUGUCGCUAGUCAGUAGUUAUUUUGUCCAUUUGUCGCUAGUCGAUUAACCUCAUUCAGACCCUGAGUUAGUAGUUGUAGUCCGUUUAAACAGGCCUUCUGAAAUGUUUUUGCUGUAUCUCAGCCAAAGUAGAUGUUGUUUUCCUGUUUCUAAAAAUAAAGCGUAAAAUAGGUUUUUGAAGAGGUAUUUUAGGGUCUAGAAUAAGUUUGAGGAUUACAACUACCAUCAUGCUUUGCUGCACAAAAUGGCGUCGCUUCACAUUGACUAUUGCGAAAGUGUUGUCCUAAAGAAAUAAACAUUUUAGAGCAUUUAUACUUUAGCACAAAAGGAUACAUUAACAACACAAAGGCAAGUGUUCCGCAAAAGUGUAUUUUUGUCUAUUAGAUUUAUAUUCCUAUUGAAAUAAAGUUAGAACGUUCUCUAU